AUGCCUCCUCUUUUCUAGCUGCAUGUUUUCUUCUCCUUAUAUUAAUAAUUAUUUGCAGCAAAUUUAUAUGUAUAUAUGUUGUUUAACAUCAUAACAAAUGACCUAGCUAGCUAUUUAAAUUGACUAGUUCUCAUGAGAUGCAGUAAUUAAUAUUGUAAGGUUUUUUUAAUUGUGAUCUUAAUUUGUCAUUUCAGGUUAUACUAACUUAUACUCCGCUGCCAGCAAGCAUGAGGCAUGAGGCAUGAGGCAUGAGGCAUGUACUAUCUCAAAGUGAGCAGUUUGUCUUGCUAAGAUCGUGUCAAUUAUUUCUGGCCCCAUAUUUUUGCUUGUCUCUUGGCAUGUUCUAAACCAUCCAGACUGAUCCUCUGGCUAUCUUUGAUGGCCACACCUUCAACCUCCAGAGCAACCACCACCACCACCACCACCACCACCAUCACCAUGGAUGUUUCUGUCAACAGUUCAGAUACACAAACCAGUUAUGAAGAAGAAGUUAAUAGCAAUCAGACCAGUAAGACCACAACAUCCCAGAGAAGCAACUGGUUCUUAGGUAGAGCAGCAAGCCACCGUCCUAACUGGGCUCAAGAGUGGAGCCGUGCAUACCUCCUGGCAUGCGCUGCCGGGCUCAUAAUAGACCCCCUCUUCUUCUAUACCCUAUCCAUUAGUAACUCCCUCAUGUGCCUGUUCAUCGAUGGUUGGUUUGCAAUCACUUUGACAAUCCUGCGGUGCAUGGUGGAUGCCAUGCAUGUUUGGAACAUGUGGUUACAGCUUAAGUUGGCCUACAAAGCAAGGAGACCACAUGAAGAUCAGGAAGAAGAGGGAAACAAUAAGUUCCACUCCAACUCAAGUUUUCAUGGUAAACGGCUCGGUUACCUUAGGAAUAUGAAGUGCUUCUUCUUGGACUUCAUUGUGAUUCUGCCUGUCAUGCAGAUUGUCUUAUGGGUAGCUAUUCCAGCAUUGAUAAGGAAAGGAUCAACAACUACAGUGAUGACUGUGUUCUUGAUUAUGUUCCUCGUCCAUUAUCUACCAAAGAUCUACCACUCCGUUUGUUUCCUCCGUCGCAUGCAAAACUUCUCCGGUUACAUAUUUGGUACUAUUUGGUGGGGGAUUGCUCUCAACUUGAUCGCCUACUUUGUUGCAUCUCAUGCAGUGGGGGCAUGUUGGUAUUUGUUGGGGAUCCAGAGGGCUGCAAAAUGCCUGAAAGAACAAUGCAUGGAGAACAAAGCAUGUGGGAGGACGGCACUAUCCUGCGUGGAACCCAUUUACUAUGGCACGAAAACCAUUAUUGAAGAUAGAGAAAGAUUGGCGUGGGCUUCUAACACCCAUGCAAGGGCUACGUGCCUUGACAGCAGUGAUCAAUUCUCAUACGGAGCUUAUAAAUGGACGGUGCCUUUGGUUACCAACACUAGCCGCCUGGAGAAGAUACUUCUUCCUAUAUUCUGGGGACUCAUGACUCUAAGCACAUUUGGAAACUUGGAGAGCACUACGGAGUGGGUUGAGAUUGUUUUUAACAUCAUCAUCAUAACAAGUGGUCUCUUGCUGGUUACCAUGUUGAUUGGUAACAUCAAGGUGUUCUUGCACGCAACCACAUCAAAGAAGCAGGCAAUGCACUUGAGGAUGCGGAGUGUGGAAUGGUGGAUGAGGAAGAAGCACUUGCCCCAAGGAUUCAGGCAAAGAGUCCGGCAAUACGAGCGGCAGCGGUGGGCGGCCAUGAGAGGAGUUGAUGAGUGUGAAAUGAUUAGAAACCUCCCUGAAGGACUUAGAAGAGACAUCAAAUACCACCUCUGCCUUGACCUUGUUCGUCAGGUUCCACUGUUCCAACACAUGGAUGACCUGGUGCUGGAAAACAUUUGUGACAGAGUGAAGUCUCUGAUUUUCCCCAAAGGCGAGACUAUCACAAGAGAAGGUGACCCAGUGCAAAGGAUGUUGUUCGUAGUGAGAGGUCACUUAGAGAGCAGCCAAGUCUUACGAGAUGGUGUGAAGAGUCGUUGCAUGUUGGGGCCUGGAAACUUCAGCGGCGAUGAGCUCCUGUCGUGGUGCCUAAGACGUCCCUUCAUUGAGAGACUACCCUUAUCUUCUUCAACACUAGUGACACUGGAAACUACAGAGGCAUUUGGACUGGAUGCCAGUGAUGUCAAGUAUGUGACACAGCACUUCAGGUACACGUUUGUGAACGAGAAGGUGAGGAGAAGCGCACGUUAUUAUUCUCCAGGUUGGCGGACGUGGGCGGCUGUGGCCAUUCAGUUGGCUUGGAGAAGGUAUCGCCACCGCAAGACUUUGACUUCACUCUCUUUCAUAAGGCCUAGAAGGCCCCUCUCUCGUUGUAAUUCACUUGGGGAGGAGAAGCUCAGGCUCUACACUGCUUUGCUAACUUCUCCAAAGCCUGAUCAAGAUGACUUCUUGCUCUGAAUUUAAUUGUAAAUUGUAUUACUUAAUUGUCAACUGAUUGUUACCUUCCUCUGGCUGCUGCUGCUGCUUCUUCAAUUCUCCUUUUCUCUCUCUCUCUCUCUCUCUCUCUCUCUCUCUCUCUCUCUUGGGUUAUGUAGUGGAUGUAUCAUCGGAGAACAAUCUUUCAAUGAAGAUAAUUGGUUUAUCUA